ACCGUGCUCAAGUCAGUUGCUAUUCGGCGUUCGGCACUUCGACACAACUCUUGGGUUCUUUCUUCGAGAGUACGCGGUCUUCAACCGGUGUACCGGUGUUGCAGUAAUUUUUUUGUUAUUUUGGAAACUAUUGGCAAGUGUUUCCCGGUGGUGUUUUACUUUAUCAGCGUCAGCUGAUUUGGUGUUUCGGGUUAUUCUAUGCAGUGUUGCUUGCGAUUGCAAAAGCCAUAGCCAGUGCUACAAAAUUCGAUUGUUUUGUCACAAGAAACCUUGCAAAAAGCGCUGAGUUUUGAAGGUUUUCCUAACCCAAGCUAGGGUUGAAUUGUGAAUUAUUUUGGUGUUUGAAAAAAAAAAUCAUCAAUUGAAGUUCAAGUGAAUCUAUGCUAGUAGUGUAGUGAAGUGAUAAGCAAAAGUUCAGAUACGGUUUGCGAGUCCUUUUUCCUUUUGCGGAACAGAUCAAAAGGUCACUUGAAAGGAUAAUUCAGUUGUUACAGUUGCAACGGACAGUUGCAAAUUGUUUAGUGUGAGUAAGAAAACCAAAAGAUUUGGCCGAUUUUCUCCGCUCCAGUUUCGAAGGCGAAGAACAUUCGCUGCAUCGCUCCAUCGUGUUUCUUCCAGAUGUAGCCGAUUCUUUGCCAAAAGUGCAGCAGCGAAAAGCUAAGCCUGCAGCCUAUCGGCGUGCAUAAUUGUGCUACGUGAAACCAAAGAAAACAGCAACAAACAUUAAUUAUACCUCCGGCAAACGGCGGCCAAUUCGCAACGAAAUCGCUCACGUGCGCGGUGGUAUUCUUAUCUGUAGCGUUUUUUCUUUUUCUCGUGGAGUACUGAAACGCUACACGAAAUCUGACGUAGGAUCGUACGGUAUUUUUUGCAUUUUACUACAUUCGGUCAUCGUUUGGCUGUUUUAUUUUGAGAGUUUGUGCUACUCUUCUUUUUGUGAACUGUAUCCGAUUAGUUCCGUACCCACUUGUGUGGUCUAAAAACAACUACUGUUGCUGUGGCUGAUUGUUGCUGUUUGCGGUGGACAAACCGAUAAAGUAAACAGUCACUCAGCAAGCAAAAAGCAACCGCCUGAGUAUAAGGAAGCGGCGAGAAAUGCUUCGGUCACUUUGAACAACAGCAGACCACCUCUAGCGCGGCAAUUGUACCACCGGUAAUAGGCGAAAAACCAAUGAACUAAUCUGUACAAUCAGUAAACGCGUACUAAGACUCCGAAGGAACUCGCAAAUUGGCAAACAACGAACCAACUGUUGAUGACCGGAAAAAUAAACCGGAAGCAUAACAGCACUAACGAAACAGAGCAUUUUAAUUAAAAAGUUUCCGAGCAGCAGAAAUAUUUCACCCGUAAUUAGUGAUCCGGAUACAAAUACAAACACCCGUAGUGAUUUUUGUAUGCUGCUUUCGGAACCGUUCAGAUGCCCUCGACAACUAUAACAACAGCAGCCGCACAGCAAAUUCAGUAGCAAUAACUCGCAAUUAGUAGCGGAUAAGGAUUUGUAUAAGCACAUAGCCACAAUAAACUAAACGAUAAAAUGACGAGAAAUAUGGUGACAGCAAUAAUUGCCCUCUGCCUUCUAUCCAGCCUGCAUCUCACAGUCUGCGGCCAACAAGAGCGGCAAGUUCGGUACAACACUUUGGAGGCAUCCGAAGCACAAUCAGAAGCAGCAGCCCGGGGUCUGAUACCACACAACGGUGAACAGGUAUCGACCCGGCGUUUCAAGCGGAUGUACGCAAUGUGCCCUCCGCACUUUUUCCGCGUUGGCAACGAAUGCUACUUUAUCUCUCAAAACAAACAAAACUGGCUAGACGCUCACUUCGAGUGCAAGGAUCGGAAUAGUAAACUGGCCGAGCCACUAAAAUAUGGCGACCGUAAUCUAAGGAAGUAUCUAUCAAUGACGAGAGAAAAAAAUUAUAUUUGGAUCGGUGGCAAUUACAACUGGCGAGCCAACAAAUGGCAGUGGGGUUAUAACGGGGAGGAAAUCGGUUAUCAAUCCUUCAGCCAGAUGGUUCCAGGGAGCAGCCAGGAUCUGAAAUACCACUGUGCAGUGCUUAACCCUGACCUCAAAUUCAGGUGGUCAGCCAAGCUAUGCACAGAAAAGUUAAACUUCAUCUGCCAGCACAAGAUGCCAUUAGUUAGCAGCAACAGUCGAGCGAAGGUAUACAACCGAUGGAAUGCCACCUUCCCGAACGAGAUGGCCAACGAGGUGGAAGUGGUGGUAGCUGAUCAACCCCGCAAUAGCCAGCAGAAGGAUUACUACAGCACGGUCAGUAACACUACGGUGAGCCCGACAGUUUUGUACAACAGGUACAGAAACAUGAAGCACUCGAACCGAACACUACGCAUCCGACCUUCCCGCCGCCGACCGAACCGCAAACAGCAGCUGCUGCCAAAAAAUGACUUCAUCAGUAACGAUGUAUUCCGUCGACCGACCGCCGGAUACGUUCCGGACAGUGAGAUAAAUCUGGUCAACGGAAAUGGUCACCGCAAUGGUAACGGAGCUGGUCCUAUGCAGCGAAGGUUUAAUGUCGACAUUCACCGUGGCCGGUCCCACAAAAAGCACAACCACAUGAAUGAAGUCAUCUCGCAGUACUUGCCACACCAACAUCGUCAUCAUCUAGGAGAAACUUAUACCAAGCCGACUACGACAGCGACAACGACGACACCAGUGACAACGAUCACUACAACAACUGAGGCACCGGAAAUACUUCCAACGGAAGCUGAUCAGACCUUCUUCAGGAAUACAUACCAAGCACAGCAGCGAGAAAUAUCACUGGAAGAGAAGAAAGCUCGCCGUGAUAAAGUUCGAGAGCGAUUAGCCAAGUUAUCGCCUGAAGAACGUGAACAAUUCUUCCGCGAGCGAUCCAAACGGAAACGGUCGAAGCAAACGCGUGCUAGGAACGAAACCAUUCCGUAAACAUUGCAGAGCAUGUUCCAGCCAUGCGCAACUAGAGAAAAAUCGCAAAAUAUAUAUGGGACGAAAAAAUAUGAACUCCAACCUAGAAGAAUGCCGAGAUUGAUAAAUCUUACAAACCACAAGUUACAAAAAUUAAAUAAACAUAAGUCAGUUCCUAAGUCUAUCUCCAUGUACUCGGUCGAAAUCAUAGUUUUAUUUCGACCAUUCAAAGUUUUAACAAAGCACAUCUACACAUAUCCUUCCUCCGUAUUGUUCUAGUAAAAAAAUGCGGUACCCUUUUUGGUCGCUCCAGCUGGCCUCGUUUGUAUGUCGUGUAGUCGAAUUUCAGCUGGGAGAUAUUGUCCCUUACUCUAACAGCGAAGUCUGUCUUGUAAACAGUUCCCAAUGCGGAACCGAGGCUUUGCCUUAACCCUAACCACUUAAUUUUAGACUAAAAUGCUCUUGUUCCACGUAGCGCGCUUUGUUUGUUUAUUUAACACCUAUUUAACUACAGUUAGUUAUGCGUUGAAAUCAAUCUAAUGUAAAAUAUUAUCAGUGUCACACUAUAAGUUCAGCAAUGAUUUCAAUUAAUGCGCUACUAUUUUUCCACUUAAACAAAAUAUUACCUUAAACUUUAGUUCGUACGGAGAAUUGUGAAAAAAAAACAAUUGCGCCAACAGUCAUUAUUUGCUAAGUUCAAAUUUUCUAAAAUUAUUGGAAGUAAUUAGUUUUCAUUGAAAGGGUAGCAAAAAUCAUACAAAUAUUUCAACUUACAACAAACACAACUAGAGAGAGGUCAAUUUCCCAGUAGAUUACAUACAAAGCUUUGUAGUUCGGUAAGGCACACGCUACCUAUUUUGACUUAGUGCAAAUAACGUGACAAACAAAAAUUGAAAAACAAAUCGUUUCCUCCUUUAGAAUUGUACUUCAAAACAUUUCAGCAACAAUAAAAAAAAGGUAAAUCGCAAAAAAUAUAUUAACAUUUUGCCAUAUUAACUUUAAGUUUGCAACCGUGUAGGAGCUAUUACGAUGAAAACUGCUGUUGAUAACUAGUGAUUAAAGUUACAUUAAGCAAACUCAAAUCCCUGAAAGUAAGAUUAAAUGUGUUGCAAAAUUUUCGCACGAAAAACAAACUUAUUCAAUGCUGCUUCAACGAGCGAAAAGAAAAUGAAGAGUGUAAAGAGAGGCAAUGGUAUGAAAGAAGGCAGAAGAGAAUUAUUGUUACAAUUGGACUGAAAACUAUUGUCGCUUUUAAAGAAAAAGCACAAAUGCAAAAUGGAAGUGAAGUAAUUAGACGAACAACCAGUUGUAAUGCAAUAGACAAGGGAUAUGCGCAUUCAAAUAAAAGCUAAGCGAGAA